AUGUUACUAGAGCAGCUGUUCCGGGCGAAACGAUCGUCCGGACUCGGUGAAGCCCAGCGCUGUGAGCUUGCCUCCGUCGGUGACUAUGAACGGCGCAUGGUCGAAACCAUCGAGCGCCCCAUCGUCGACUACUGUCGCGGUGGAGCGGCCAGUGAACGAACGAUCGCCCACAACCGGAGUGCCUUCGAACGGUUACGAAUUCGACCGCGGUGUUUACAGCGGCUCGGUGGUACCCGCUCCCUAGCCAUCACCUCCCUGGGCAUUAGCUACAAACUACCGAUCGGGAUUGCUCCUGUGGCACUGCAGCGAUUGGCCCAUCCCGAGGGCGAAAAGGCAACGGCCCGGGCGGCACGAACCUUCGGCAUUCCGUUCGUCCUCAGUGUGCUUUCGAGUGUAUCGAUCGAGGAGCUAGCGGAAGCGGUACCCCGUGCACCGAAGUGGUUCCAGCUGUACAUCUUCAAGGACCGGGAAUUGACGGAGUGCCUGGUACGUCGUGCCGAGAAAGCACGCUACCGUGCGCUGGUCGUCACGGUCGAUUGUCCAGCACCGGGACUUAGUCGUGCGGAGCGCCGGAAUCCGCUCACCCUACCGGGUAAGGUGACGUGUGCUAAUUUUGUUCCGGCCGGUGCCGAUGGGAAAAAAUCCUGCUCCGCCAGUGUGCUCGAUUAUGUGCGGAGUCAGCUGGAUCCCGGGCUGGGAUGGGAUGCGAUUCGGUGGUUGAUGAGCAUCACCACGCUGCCCGUCAUCGUGAAGGGUAUCCUGCAUCGGAACGAUGCGCUGAUUGCCGCGGACAUUGGAGUGCAUGGACUGAUCGUGUCGAACAGUGGCGGCCGACAAAUCGAUUGUGCUCCAGCGGCGAUUGAAAUUCUACCAGAAAUCGUUCACGCCGUUGGCCACCGGUUAGAGGUGAUGCUGGACAGUGGUAUCUGUGAGGGAACCGAUGUGUUCAAGGCGCUGGCACUCGGAGCGCGACUUGUUUUCGUUGGCCGUGCGCCAAUGUACGGACUGGCAGUGAAUGGUCAGCGUGGGGUGGAGGAGGUCCUAGAUAUCCUGAAAAUGGAGCUAGAGUCAACGAUGCUGAAUGCCGGCUGUGCUACGGUGGCCGAUGUAACUCCACAGCAUGUUUGCCACGAGAGCCAGCUCUACAAUCCCCCCGAACGGCUGCGCGGUGGCACGUGGCGCACGGAGAGUGGCCGAAGUGAUCGCUUUCGGACACGGGAACGACCCUCAAGAGACAUCGUGGAGGAUUCCGCCGAUAACGAUGUGGACAGUGAGGAGGUGUUUGUGCGAGGAGAAACAACGGCGGAACGGGUUACCUUUCAGCAGCGCUCCGUCGAUGAGAUCCGAUCCGAUCCGGUUCGUGCCGUUGCCGCACAUUCGGCCGAGGUAAGACCGUGUGGUUCAUCAACACCGAUUCCCCCUCAACCGCCUCCUCCCUAUCGAAACGUGCCCCUUCUGCUUAGUGAACCGCGCGGAAUCUAUCGCUCCAACACCAGCAACAUUGUUGUGGGGCGAUGUAACGCCAGCGCCAGUGGUGCCAAUGGGUGCCAGCUGACCGACAGCAUGGGCAAUGCGCGAACGGCAAGGACGGUGAUUAGCCGGAAGCAGGAUGGACUGAGGCGCCGCACAAGGUCCCAUUCGAUGCAGAAUCUGUGCAGUAAAGACGGUGGGGGGGAUAGGUAA